UCAGUUCGAUAUUGCAUAGCAAGUUUUGUUUAAUAUUCUGAAGUCUAAUUCUCUAAAAAAAUCGGGACAUAAGAAAUAUUUGGCUUCUUUGGUCGACGACAAACGCGAAACAGCAUUUUCUUAUCAAACUGGGUCAGUGACUGACGAGUUCCCUGGCAGUCAUCUGAACGUUGCAAGUUCAAGCAAAAGGUACAGAGUGAUUAGAGAAUGGAUGUCUUCUCAAGGACUGCCUUGAAAGCACAUAACAAUAAACGAUCCUUGCACAACGUAUCGCCUUUAGGCUGGUCCAAUGAACUCGCAAGAGGAGCACAAACCUGGGCUAACAAACUGGCUAAGGAAGGUGGUUUGCAACACGAUCAGCUGGAAGGGAUUGGUGAAAAUGUGUUUAUGGCCUCAAAGGGUUUCGAUGCUGCUGCAGAAGAGGCCGUAAAAACCUGGUAUUCAGAGAUCGAGCGAUAUGAUUUUACAAGAGGCGGACAUCAAGCUGGAACAGGUCAUUUUACUCAAGUGAUAUGGAAGGAUUCGAAGGAGUUGGGCAUGGCAAGGGCUAAAAGUUCUGAUGGAAGUGUAUACGUGGUGGCAAGAUACCGCCCAGCUGGAAAUAUGUUAAAUUCAUUCAAUGAUAACGUCGUUCCAAAGAGGUCAACGGAAGAGAAGCUUCAAACGCAAGACAAUACUUUUUCUCAAGAAAUCAUGAUCGAUGUGCAAGAUUCCACUUCAACCAAAUUUUCAGAUUCCUUCAUUGACACUGUGUUAAAAGCCCACAAUGAACUACGACUCUAUCAUAACGUGCCCAGCCUUAAAUGGUCACAAGCACUAUCAAAAGACGCACAAGCUUGGGCCGAGAAACUGUCACGAAACGACGAACUGCGUCACGCACGUAAAGAAGAGCGGAAUUUCAAGGGUGAGAAUAUUUGCCGCAUGUCUGACCACUAUGAUGUUACUGACGCUGUCAGAAUUUGGUAUUCGGAGGUCCAUAGUUACAAAUAUGACUCGCCAGGGUUUAGCCGUGAUACUGGUCACUUCACACAGAUUGUUUGGCGAGAAACGUCUGAAGUCGGAGUUGGAACUUGUAAGAGUCGAGAUGGAAGACUUACGUACAUUGUAGCAAGGUAUCAUCCAGCGGGGAACGUGUUAAAAAGGUUCAGUGAAAAUGUACUACCAUCGAGCAGUUCAACCAUUUAAAUUACUACUGUAUACUUUUAGAAAGUUUCCAUCGAGACUUAUUAAAAUCGUAACGUCAGAAAGUCAGAUUACCAAGAACUUGUGUGUGUUGGGGAAAUAAAU